AUGGGAGCAGUCAGUUCGUCGCUCAACCAGAGCGCAGACUGGAUUCGGACUCAAAGCUCAGUUCUCGCAGGGCACGGACGGGAAGGCGCACGAGGGCGACGACAGAGCAGCCGGCGGCGGAGAAGACAACGGCAGCGUGCACAGGGAGGAACCAUAGCAAACAAUCGUGUAGGAGACCUCGAAGCGCGUGGUGAAGACUAUUACUCUACUGACGAGGACGGUGAUGAAUAUGACUCGCUAGAUGACGAGGAUGAGGACGACGAUGAUACGCUUGAUCGCGGCGAGGAUGAAGACGAAGAUGAUGGUCUUUUGGAUGGAGGGGUUGAAGACUCGGCGCCUGGCAAGAGCGUCUAUGACAACCACCCUUUGUAUUUCGGACCAGCCUUUCAUCCUGUGACGGAGCAGAGUCCUGCUCAAUUGCAGCUUCAGAGACAGAUUGAACAGCAGCUUGAACAGCAACAACGACAGGAGCAUUGGCAGCAGCAAUAUCGUCAGCAACAGCAACAGCAACGGCAACAGCAACAGCAGCAACAGCAACAGCAGCAAUCCUCCUCGUUAUCAGCCGCUGAUGGUCAACAGCUGUCGCUGAAUGAUUUAAUCCUCCCUUCCGCAAUAUCUGGAUUGGGAGGGAUCAGUGCGGGCGGAGGCGUGCCGAGCAAUAGAGUCGUAGGGCCAGGAUCGCCCACUGCACCGUUGACGGAUAGUAUGCAGGACCAACUGUAUAGGAAUAGUAAUCUCUACAAUCUCAUUUCGGGGCUGAAUGUCAAUGCGCUUCUAACAGAGGUCCAACGUGCAGGAACACUGGACUUGUCGGUGCUAGAGCAGGAGCUGGACGAUGUUGAGGGGGGCUGGAUGGAUAUUGAUGAUGAGGAUGAGCAGGACGGUGGAAAUAGGGAUGAUGAUGACACUGAUAUCGACUAUGGUCACGAAGGCAUCGUUCGUGAAAUGCAACCGACGAAGCGCUCACCGACAGCACUGGCAUGCAACGUCAACUUAAAAAAGAGCACAUUACGUCUCGUCAAGAAUUUUUCCGUCUCGAACGACCCGUCCAUCCCAGCACCUUCACACCUACGACCAAAUUAUCAACUCGAUUUUACUUUCGACAGCCUGACCCCUUGUGAUGUUAAACUGUUUUGGAUCGUCAAGGAGGUUGAGGAAGACGGCGAGCUGGGCUUCCGCUUGAGACGGCUGCAUCAUUUACCGCAACCGACGGCAUACCAUUUCCCAGCGGGCAUGAACCAACGGUUUAUCUCGCCUAUUCUGCCACUCUAUACAAUGUCACUUCCGGAGUUGACGAUGCAAGGACUACCUUCAACCUCGAUGCGGAUGUACCAGAAGAGGCAGCAGAGGCAGAGCCAGUGGCAGCAAUCCAAUCUGGAGAAGGAUGGUGUCGAGGAACAAGACUGGGAUGCGGAAAACGAUAACGAUACUAUAACUGAUGGGGAACGCGGGAGGAAGAGUAAGAAUGGGAAGAAGUGCAGCAAGACUGACAAACAUAACACAGAGGCAUAUGGUGGCUCUUACCCCAAGAAGUAUGGUAGGAGCCACCCAAGGUUGGAUGACGACGACUUCAAGCCCAUCAUGGAAGACCAGUAUUUCCCUCUGGUCAUCUUGAUUGAGGCCACACAAGAAUACAAAGCGACAGCACCAUCACGAAGUCUGCCUACGCCUGCUGCGGAUUCGCCAGGUCUCUAUCUAGUCGACAACCAGGCUAUAUCAACGUUCGCCUGCUUUAACAUCAGUUCUGAAGGAGGAUUUGAAAUCAAGGUUAUGAAGCAAAAAGUCUGGAUCAAUUCGACCAAUUACCUCAUUCAAGAAAUAUACGGCUUCACGGACUCUGUUGUGCCUACACCACCCAAGGCCCCCGAAACCGCUGCUGCAAAGAACACAGCUUCUCCGGAUGCCCCACGACCACAGCAACAGAAAGAUAAAUCAGGAAAGAAACCAUUGUCCCGUUCGAUGUCACGGUUGAGUCGCGCAGAGUCGAUCGCGAGUAGGGCCGAUGAGCUGACCAGAGAUCCGCUACAGAGGACAAAAAGCAAGCGUUUGUCGCAAGCGACGUCGUCGGCGGCAGAUAUGGAUGCGGAGGAAAAUAUGGACAAGGGGGAGGAUAUGGCAGUAAGCCGAAGGACGUCUGGGGCAAAUGUGAUUGUGGAUCUGGAUAUUGCGGAACCAGAGCCGGCUGUUAAGCGGCGUUCUUCUGUCGUGUCAGGCUUGUCACGAAGGAAAGGAUCUGAGGAUUCAACGAUCUCGCGGACAAUAUCGACCGUCAAUGGCACGGAGCCUAAAGCAGAGGAUGACGAAGAGGUCGAUAAUGGCAGUCAGGAGAAUCCCUUGAGGAAGGAGGAUGAGCAGACACAAGGGGAAGAGCCGAACUUGGUACUUUUAGAUGCUCCGGAAUGCGUCAUUUGCCUGUCAGAUGUCAAGGAUACGAUUGUUCUGCCGUGUCGACACUUUUGUAUAUGCAGUGAAUGUGGAGAUGUGUUGCGCAGAAGAUCGCCUCAGCGGUGUCCUAUUUGCAGACAAGUAUUCCAAGCGCUACUUCAUAUUGCAUCUACACCGACGCGAAAACCAGAAUUUGCUGUGGCUGGCUCGCCUGUAUCAACUGCACCGGCAGAUUCGCAUGUCAUUGGGACCAACACGCAGUAUCCCGUUCAGGCUUAA